AGUGUCAAUAAAGACAAUAAAGUGCUUUCUUCCUCCCGUGGUGCAUUGUGGGAACACAGUAAUUCCAAGAUGGCGGCGAGCAGGAGGCUGGCCAAGGAACUGGAGGAGAUCCGCAGGUCUGGGAUGAAGAACUUCAGGAACAUCCAGGUGGAGGAAUCCAACCUGCUGUCAUGGCAAGGUCUCAUCGUUCCUGACAAUCCACCCUAUGACAAAGGUGCGUUUAGGAUUGAGAUCAUUUUCCCCACCGAGUACCCCUUUAAGCCCCCUAAAAUCACCUUCAAGACCAAGAUCUACCACCCCAACAUUGACGAGAAGGGCCAAGUGUGCCUCCCUGUGAUCAGUGCAGAGAACUGGAAGCCAGCCACCAAAACUGACCAAGUGAUCCAGUCCCUCAUCGCUCUGGUCAACGACCCGCAGCCCGAGCACCCUCUGAGGGCCGACCUGGCAGAAGAAUACUCAAAGGACCGUAAGAAGUUCUUGAAGAAUGCCGAGGAGUUUACAAAGAAACACGGCGAGAAGCGGCCACUGGACUGAUCACAUGAUGCGCUCAGAGCCCACCCUCCCCCGCCCCGACCCCUCCCCUGUCCCCUCCCUGGCCGGGCCUCGCCUCCCAUUGAGGACUGCCUGUGGGUCAGGCAGCCUCCCCCUCGUCCUCUUUGACCUCCAGGCCAUUUCCAACUUUCUGCUCUCUAAAGGCCACAAACGGAAACAGGUGCAAGGGAACACGCCGCUCAGCUAGACGGAACCGGUUCUGCUCCUCCGUUCAGAACCUUCUCUUUUCAGGUCCGCUCUGUAUUUUGAUGAGUAGAAGCUUUCAGUUCCAUCCCUGAUCAGGCUCCUUUCAUCUGAAGUCCAGGUGAGAGAAGCUGCUGCCAGGAGCUCCCAGGUGUUCUGAGAGACCCGCCUCGACCCAGCGGGUUUCCUCCGAACAUCCACGGUUCCUCUCAGAACACAACCUUCACUUUGUCUGCUGCAUGACUCGGGCCACCUCUGCUUUUCUUUUCCUCCUUCACUCGCUUACCUAAAUUGUUUUGAUUGGCACUUCAUGUUAAUCAUUGGUGGGAAGAAUGUGUUUGGGUCAGUCAGAACCUCCCAUACAUGUCCCCUGUCCCACUGCUGGGCCCAGCCACACUAGAACACAAGCUCUCCGCCAGCCCGAGUUUGGUGGGGCCUCACUUAUCCAGCUAGACCAGGAGAAGCUGGAGAAGGAGGCUCGAACUCCUGGACGGGCCCAGAACCACGCGUCUAUGGCGGCCAACAGCGCAUUGGUUGCCCGGACCGGGUCAGGACACAGAGCGGGACUGCAGUGGCCUAAAAGCACCAUGUAACAGCUGUUUAAACUGGUCCGAUAUCAUUCAUAAUAAAGAUGGCUAACCAUUGGGCCCAAUGUG